GGAUUCGAUCCUAAGAAACUCAAGGUUGCUGAGUUGAGAAAUAUUCUCAAUCGACAUGGAGUAGAGUAUGCCUCCAAUGCCAGAAAGACACAACUAGUAGAGCUAUUUCAAGAUAACAUAACAACCAAAAGAGAUGAGUUAAUAAAGGAGUUAAAUGUGAAAGGAAGUGAUGAAGGAAUUGUUCUGGUUGAUUUAGAUUCUAGUACUACUGCUGAAGAAAAUAGCGGCGGCAAUAUGGACGAGGCUGGGGGUGCAGUGGUACUUGAGAAAAUAGAAGAUUCAAGGCAAGAAGUUUUUUCACCUAAUUCAGUUAAAAUUCCAAAUUUUUCUCCAACAACAAAGACUUCUCCAAAAGUAUCAUCAGAAACUAAAAAGAGAAAACUUGAAGAAGACGAAGAUAAACCAGAUGCAAGUGUUGAAGAAGAAACACCACUGAAGAAAAUUCCAAAACGCUUGAAACCUAUUAAGCAUGAAAUACCCAAAAGAACCAUCUUUGAUGAUACUGAAAGUGAUAUUGACAUGGAAGUGUUUCCUAAGGUUAGCCCAGCUACAACCAAGCAUGAAAAACGCACGCCAAAAUCAUCAUCAAAAGCCACUCCAAACAGUUCCAAGGGUUCCCAUAAUAUCAGUCCAAAGACCACUCCUUCUAAAGUGAGCAAACCUUCCUCCAAAAAGACAACUCCUCACAAAGCAUCUUCUUCAAAAUCAGCCAAUACUUCUGUUAAUGAAUCAUUCCAAUCUAUAGCUGAAGAAGAACAUCAUUUUGACCAGGAAUUGUCAAAAAUAAAAGAGAAAGCCGCUUCUCCAUCUGCUGACGAAGUGGAAUUUGCAAAGCUGUUGGGAAUUACCAUUGAAGGAUUUCAACCACCACAACCUCCAUUUGCAGAACCAGCAUCCCAUUUGGAAACACCAAAGAAAUCCCCUGUGUUUGAUAGAUCAUUCUUGACACCCAAACCUAGAUUGAUUCCUAUUCUGACAAAAGAUACGGAUGAGUCCGAUGAUGAUGAUGACGACGACGACGAAGAAGAAGAAAAGACAGAAGUACAGAAAGUAGUAGUAGAAGAAAAGCAAGGAAAAGUACAAACUACAACCACCAGUGAGUUACCAGAGUUAUCUCAAGAACAUUCACAGAGCCUCUCUCGCAGAUCUUUAACUCAGGCAUUAAUGACAUUCUUUAUCUGGGCAAUAAUUGUUGCAAGUGGACUUUUCUUUUAUUGGUAUAUAGAGCAACUGUACAUGGUGGGUUACUGUGGCCAAGAAAUUCACAACGAGACCUUUGGCAAUAUCGAAAAUCCUAUUUUGCGUCAAGUUGGUAAAUUUCUUGAUGAUAACGCUAAACCUAGUUGUGUUCCAUGUCCACCUCAUGGUAGAUGCUUCCCCAACUUAGAAUUGGCAUGCUAUGAGGACUUUAUCGAAUAUAGACCUUGGAACAACUUUAUUAAACCUGGAAAUAAGAAAUGUAUUCCUGAUACCAAGAAGGCAGAAAAGUUGGAGAUUAUGAUGGAAGUUGCAUUAGACUUGAUUCGAAGCAAGAAUGCACAAGUACAAUGCGGAAGAGGUGUUGAUGACUUUGAAAGUGGAAUUAGUGUACAAGAUUUGCAUGAUUUGCUUUUAGAGAUGAAAGCUCCGUAUAUCACAUUGGAAGAAUUUGAAGAAUUAUGGGAAAGAUCAGUAGUUGAAUUGGAAAAAGAACCUGAAAUUAUUGUAAGGCAAAAAUCUCCAAAUUUCCCAAAAGAAUUCUCUAACAUUAACGACUCGAACAGUCACGAAGAAACGGACAAAGUUCUUCGAUCAACGUCCUUAUCGAACAUUAGCUUGAAUUGCCAGAUUUCCAACAGUUUAAUGGGUGGAUUAGCUCAAUACAAACCUCACCUAUUUAUUUGCACUGCUUUAUUCAUUUUAUUCAAGUAUGUACAAUACCAGUAUAACCAGUAUCGAUUGCAAUUACUAAAAGUAGACAUUCUCCAUCGAGAAGUGGUGAGCAAGUUGGUGAAUCAGAUGAAACAGUUCCAAUCAGGGGAAGCUGGAUUUGGGUAUAUUGGAGCUAAUCAAUUACGGGAUUUGAUUUUAGCUCUGGAGGAUAAUUUGAAGCUGAGAAUUAAAUUGUGGGGAUUGGUGAGUGAAAAGGUUGAGAAAAAUACCAAUGUCAAAGUGGAAGUAAUUGAACACCAUGGAGAGAUGAUGAAAAUUUGGAAAUGGAUUGGUGUUUAA